UGGAAGCAUAAUAAGAUGCGCAUGAAUUUACAAUAAUCUGGAAUCAACGAUAAGAGAGUCGAAAUGGACUGCUCGGGGAGCCACUGCGCGCGCGCGUGUCAGAGAAAAGUUGCCGUUUUUUGUCGUUUGUAGGACGCGACGCUGCGCUUUCCUCCACACACACACACACACACACGCGAGAGAAAAAAGGAGCAGAAUAUUCAAAGCUCUGGCGCCGCUGCCCGCAGUUGAUGGAGUUGAGAAGUUUCUUCAGUCCGCGCACAAUGGAGAGAAACGCGCCCUUCGCCGACUGUGAAGGUUUCCUGUGGUCAGAGUGGAUUACUGACUUCAGUAAGAAGAGGGAACGCCAGUCCAGGUUAUGAAGUUUGCGGCAGCGACUUUACGGCACAAGCCUGUGGACCGUUCCAAGACUUCUACCUUCUUCUCGCUUAAUGAGUGUGCGGUGUGUGAAAUCCGGCGGGCUGACAGGUUAUUACCCUCCUAAUCUUCUUCAAAACAAUGUCACUUUUGACGAAAACAAACGGUGCUUAGUCACUGUGACAAGAGGUUAUCCCCUGAGGUCCAGCUGCGCUCCUCUGGAUGACCCCUCUCUGAAUCCUUCACUAUUCAGCGCCUCCACGUUGCUAUUGGAAGAAAACCAAUGUCUGCCUCCUCUCCCCCGUCCUUACCUCGAGCCUUCGUCCACUCUCUCCCUCCGCACCACCCGUCGCCGCCGAGCCUGCCCGGACCGCUCUACACGCGGCUGUCCAACGGCAGUCACAGCGCCCCCAGCCCCACCAACUCCCGCAGCUCGUUCCAUGGAGUGUCCUUCCUGCUGCAGAUCGGACUGACCAGAGAGACGGUGAACCUGGAGGCCAAUGACCUGUCAUUGUCUGCUGUGAAGGACCUUGUGUGCUCUAUAGUGGACCAGAAGUUCCCAGAGUGUGGCUUCUUCGGCAUGUACGACAAGAUCCUGCUGUUCCGCCACGACCUAAGUGACGAGAACAUCCUGCAGAGGUUGACCUCGGCAGAAGACAUCCACGAAGGAGACCUCAUUGAGGUGGUGCUCUCUGCUCAAGCCACGGUUGAAGACUUCCAGAUCCGACCUCAUGCCCUUUUCGUUCACUCCUACAAGGCCCCCACCUUCUGCGAUUACUGCGGGGAGAUGCUGUGGGGUCUGGUGCGGCAGGGCCUCAAAUGUGAAGGAUGCGGGCUGAACUACCACAAGCGCUGUGCCUUUAAGAUCCCAAACAACUGCACUGGUGUCAGGAAGCGGCGGCUGUCCAACGUCUCGCUGCCGGCGCCGUCUCUCUCCGUCCCGCGGCCGGUGCCUGCCGAGAAUGCCGUGGUCGUCCUGGAAGAGCAGAGGUCUCAUCAGGAGGCAGGGAAGCGGAUCCUGUCGUGGAGCGGUCGGCCUAUCUGGAUGGAGAAGAUGGUGCUGGGACGAGUUAAGGUGCCGCACACCUUUGCCAUUCACACCUACACUCGGCCCACGAUCUGCCAGUACUGCAAGCGUCUGCUCAAGGGUCUUUUUCGCCAGGGCAUGCAGUGUAAAGAUUGCAGAUUCAACUGCCACAAGCGAUGUGCGUCAAAGGUACCGAGGGAUUGUCUCGGUGAGGUGGACUUCAACGGAGAGCCGGCCAGUCCAGGCCCAGAUUCAGACACCACCAUGGACACGAUGGAGGUGGACAGCAACGAUAUGGACGGCGGCAGAGGACUGGACGACUCAGAGGAGCCGUCGACACCAGAAGAGAGGAUUUUUGACAUGGACUCUCCUUUUUUGGACAGAGAGAAAGAUGAAGAACCCAUCAAGGCGAUUAGUCCGUCCACCAGCAGCAACAUCCCUCUCAUGCGGGUGGUCCAGUCCAUCAAGCACACCAAGAGGCGGAGCUCCACUCUCGUGAAGGAGGGCUGGAUGGUACACUAUACGAGCAGGGACAACCUGCGCAAGAGACAUUAUUGGAGGCUGGACAGCAAGAGUCUGAGUCUCUUCCAGAACGACACUGGAGCCAAGUUCUACAAAGAAAUCCCUCUGUCCGAGAUCCUCCAGGUGGAGCAGUCCAGAGACUACAGUCAUCUGGCCCAGGGCAGCAACCUCCACUGCUUUGAGAUCAUCACAGCGACGAUGGUCUACUACGUGGGCGAGAACAACGGCAGUCACUACCACAGCCCAGCCCUGGCUGCCUCAGGUGUGGGCAUGGAGGUCGCCCAGGGCUGGGAGAAAGCCAUCAGACAGGCCCUGAUGCCCGUCACGCCCCAGGCCAGUGUGGCCAGUGCUGCUGGACAGGGCAAAGAUCACAAGGAGUUGUCCAUCAGCAUCUCUGUGUCCAACUGCCAGGUCCAGGAGAAUGUGGACAUUGCCUCGGUGUACCAAAUCUUUUCUGACGAGGUGCUGGGAUCGGGCCAGUUUGGCAUCGUGUACGGAGGCAAACACAGAAAGAGUGGCAGAGACGUGGCCAUCAAAGUCAUCGACAAGAUGAGGUUUCCUACCAAGCAGGAGAGCCAGCUGAGGAACGAGGUGGCCAUAUUACAGAAUCUGCACCACCCCGGUAUCGUCAACCUAGAGUGCAUGUUCGAGACGCCAGAGCGGGUCUUUGUUGUCAUGGAGAAGCUGCACGGCGACAUGCUGGAGAUGAUCCUGUCCAGCGAGAAGAGCAAACUGCCCGAGCGGAUCACCAAGUUCCUCGUCACACAGAUCCUGGUGGCCUUGAGACAUCUGCACUUCAAAAACAUUGUUCACUGUGACUUAAAGCCUGAGAAUGUACUGCUGGCCUCUGCAGAGCCCUUUCCUCAGGUGAAGCUGUGCGACUUCGGCUUCGCCCGCAUCAUCGGCGAGAAGUCGUUCCGCCGCUCCGUGGUGGGCACGCCGGCGUACCUCGCCCCGGAGGUGCUGCGCAGCAAAGGCUACAACCGCUCCUUAGACAUGUGGUCGGUGGGAGUCAUCGUGUACGUCAGCCUGAGCGGGACGUUCCCCUUCAAUGAGGACGAGGACAUCAACGACCAGAUAAAGAACGCUGCCUUCAUGUAUCCACCCACUCCCUGGAGGGACAUCUCCGCAGAGGCCACAGAUCUGAUCAACAAUCUCCUCCAGGUCAAGAUGAGGAAGAGGUACAGUGUGGACAAAUGUCUCAGCCAUCCCUGGUUACAGGACUACCAGACGUGGCUGGACCUCAGGGAGUUUGAGACGAGGCGAGGCGAGCGCUACAUCACCCACGAGAGCGACGACGCGCGCUGGGAGGAGUACGCCGACGAGCACCGCCUCGUCUACCCCAAGCACUUCAUCAUGGCUCCAAACCUGGACGACAUGGAAGAGGAUCCCUAGCAGCCCGGGGGGGGAGGGGGAACGGAGUGCACCGUAAAGGAUCGACACAGGGGACUUUUCGUAUGAAGCUUUGGGAGCGCUUGUUUUCCCCCCGUCCUGGACUGUUUGUUGUGGAAACAGAAAGAAGCCGAUCAGAUGGAGAAUUACGCUCCGGAGGAGUGGGAAAAACUCAGAAACGGUGGCUUGAUGCACUGCUACGAGCAUCGGGCGGAGGAGGAGGAGGAGGAGGAGGAGGAGGAGGCGCACGCAACUGAAACGCAUUAAAAAAGUGUCACAGGGAGAGGAAGCGCGUUCUCCCUUUUUUUUCUUUUUGCACAAUGUCAAAACAUUCCGCGGAUUUUCUCGAGAACAAUCACAAGCCAAAGAAAUACACAUGGUGAACUAUAGUUCAUGUACAUACAAUUGAGGUGAAGUAUGUCUCACACAGAGAGACAGUGAGAGACAGUGAGAUCUCAUCCCAGGAGUAAAGGGCACCGUUCACAAGGGAUUCACAGUCUGAGGAUCAAACUCAACUUGAGUUUCUUCUCGUUUCCGAACUGUUUUUUUUGUGAGAUUGUCCUUUGACAUGAAACUGGAACUAUCACAUGUAUUUUCUAUGUAAUGUUUUUAAUGUAUUUUAGUAACUGUGGUAGGUUUUUGCACUAUAUUACCAGUGAACGUGGUGAAUGAAUAGAAACACUAUUCACUGCGACGCAGCGGUGACUUCAGGUAUUUCAUUCAUUUAAGUUUUCAUUUCAGUGUUUUCCAAACUAUUUAUCUGAAAUGAGUGUUUAAACGUUCAGUAAAUGCAAUAAGGAUGAUAAUAAUAAUAAUAAUACUAGUAAUAAUAAUAAUGGGGCCACUACCUCUGUUCAGCAGGAGGUUAGAAAGCGACGAUAAACUGAUUGAAUGUUCAGAAAGUGUUAAGACCCCUUCACUGUUCUCUGCGUGUUUGCUUUAAGCUAAAAUCCUCAGUCUACACAAAGUGUCCCACCAAGCCAAAGCAAAAAAAAAGACAUUUUAUGCGUAAAACUGUGUUUUCAAUUCUUUAUGAAUGUACUGUAUGUGUUUGUUGCACGGCCGCACACAGCCAACCCAGGUUUUUUUUGUUUUCUUACGUGGAGCUAAAUACUGGGGUCCACUUUCCUUGUUUAUGACGUCGCUGGGACCCGUUUUUCACAGCCCCCCCUUUGUCUUGGAAAGAAAGUCCAAUUCAGUUCACAUGGGAGUUUAUAGUGCUACAGUUUUAUAGUUUGCUUUGUUGGUGUGUUUUGGGAGUACAUUCCUGUUUCCUGUUGUCCUUUUCCUGUCUCUGUUGCCGCUGGAUUGGCAGGUGUCAGUGUUUUGUAUAUUUCAGUUCAUACCAAUGGAAUAAAAGAAUUUCUUAAGUGAGAA